AUGAACCGGUACUCAAUUAUGGGUCAGCUGGGCGAUGGUUCGUUCGGUGUGGUGAGCAAGGCCCAGCAGGUUAGUAGUGGGGAAAUCGUGGCAGUAAAGAAGAUGAAGCAACGCUUUUCUAGCUGGGAGGAGUGCCUACAGCUUCGCGAGAUACAGUCUCUGAGGAAACUGCAGCACCCAAACAUUGUGAAGCUCAAAGAAGUGGUGCGUGAAAACACAGAGCUCUUUCUAAUAUUUGAGUACAUGGAAAUGAAUCUGUUCAACAUACAACGGACGCGGGCAGAGCAAAUGAGUGGUGCACAGAGAAUCUUUAAUGACCGCGAAAUCCGUAGCAUCAUGUGUCAAACCUUGCUGGCUGUACAGGCGAUCCACAAGAGUGGUUUUAUGCAUCGAGAUCUAAAGCCGGAGAACUUGCUUACUAAGGGGGACAUCGUGAAGGUUGCUGAUUUCGGAUUAGCUAAAGAAAUCCGCUCCCGACCACCUUUUACCGGAUACGUUUCGACUCGCUGGUACAGAGCACCUGAGAUUAUUCUACAUUCUACUCACUACAACUCACCGGUAGAUAUAUGGGCAUGUGGUGUAAUAUUUGCGGAAUUAUAUCUCUGUCGGCCACUUUUUCCAGGUUCGUCUGAAACCGAUCAACUGUUCAAGAUUUGUUCUGUGCUCGGAGCUCCCAGUCCUUCUGAAUGGGAUGAAGGAUAUCAGCUCUCGCGUCGUAGCAGCAUGCGGUUUCCUACUGUGGCACCAACACCGUUGAAACAACUUCUAAGUAAUGCUCCACCAGCUGCCAUUGACUUGAUAGAGCAGAUGCUGCGGUUUAACCCAAGUGACCGCCCUACAGCGACGCAGUGCUUACAACACCCCUAUUUCACGGGAACCAACAGUGUGGCCGAGGCAGGGGGCACGACGACAGCGCUUUAUGCGGGAAUUAGCACGGGCCAGCCACACAAUCCAUUUCAAUUUGCAACAAUGCACGCUUCAACGCCAAAUGGACCGAGCCAGGGCAGCGUGGGACUUAGAGCAAACGGUGGGAGCCCUCCACCCGUUUCAUGUGUUGCGUCACGACUGUUGUCUCCGAAUACGACCAUGCCUGGAAUUAGCCCAUAUGUUGGCAUCGUGCGAUCAGUUCCUCAGAGCACUUCGAAGGCGUCGGCAGCCGACGAUGAAUUUAACUUUUAG